GAUCAAAGGAAUCUACCUGACACUUCCUGCCCAUGUAUGAAUGUUUCGUUUGUUUUGGCAGUGUGUUAUUUGUGUAUCUCUGCCGUGUUUGUGUACAAAUGUCUUUACAUUUAUGAACAUAUAACAUCGCCCUGACGCCCCGGAAUAAUAACCCGACGCACUGAAUUGGAUCAUACGCGCAGUUGAGCCAGUUUAAUGGAUGACUGGAGGCAAAACGUGAUUAUUUCUUCUCAUUGAUCCAAAAUCAUACAGUACGGAGAUAAAAGGUAUGGAUGAUUUGUCAUAUGUGGGGUCUGGCUGAGGGCCACUGUUGCCCAGGCGUCUGCACCCCAUUGGCUGAUUCACCAGCAUGUACCGUAGAAAUGGCCUAUCGGAUGGCACCAGCAUUAGCUCCGCCUCCUCUGAGGGAAGUGACAGCUCUGUGUCUGUGGACGGCCCGAGCGCUGACUAUGCGAAGAGCUACGAUGCUGUCGUGUUUGAUGCGCUGAAAGUGACGCCAGAGGAGUUCGCAAGCCAAAUUACCCUGAUGGACGUCCCUGUGUUUAAGGCCAUACAGCCAGAGGAGCUUGCUAGCUGUGGCUGGAACAAAGUGAGCUUCUGGUUGGUACGGGAAAUCUUGACCGCUCAAACCCUGAAGAUCCGUGCCGAGAUCCUGAGCCACUUCAUCAAGAUCGCAAAGAAACUUCUAGAGCUGAAUAACCUUCAUUCUAUGGUGUCGGUGGUGUCUACAUUGCAAAGCGCUCCCAUCUUUAGACUGAGCAAGACCUGGGCGCUGAUCAGUCGGAAGGACAAGGCCACGUUUGAGAAGCUGGACUACCUGACCUCCAAAGAGGAGAACUGCGCCAGGAUGAGAGAGUACAUCCGUUCCCUCAAGAUGGUGCCAUGCAUCCCCUACCUGGGGAUCUACCUGCUGGACAUGAUUUACAUAGACUCUGCCUAUCCUGCGUCUGACAGCAUCAUUGAGACCGAGCAGAGAACCAAUCAGAUGAACAAUAUCCUGCGGGUGAUCUCUGACCUCCAGAUGUCCUGCACAUACGAUCACCUCGUGACCCUCCCGCAUGUGCAGAAGUACUUGAUGUCUGUUCGUUACAUCGAGGAGCUUCAGAAGUUCGUGGAAGAUGACAAUUUCAAACUGUCUCUGAAAAUUGAACCAGGGAACAGCUCGCCGCGCAUGGCCACAUCCAAAGAAGAUCUUGCAGGUCCGUCUGAGUUGUCUUUAUCGGUCAGGUAUAAUCGACGGCCCACUUGCCCUGAUGCCACCGUGGGGGUUCAUAUUCCCACCCCGCCGCCCUCACGCCACAGGAAGAGCCACAGCCUCGGAAACGCUAUGAUGUGGCAUUUCGGUGUGGUGGAGAGUAAAAGUGUGACGUUCCCCAUAGAGAAACCACGUCACCUGCUGGACGACAGCUUCCUAGAGUCCCAGAGUCCAGCUCGGAACAACCCACACUGCUCAUCCGUGUCCAACGGCAUUUCGAGAGGCAGCAGUCAGAGUUCGUUCUGUGAUGAUCUCUCUCCAGGGCUCGAGAGGGGCCGCAUGUACGCCACUCUGGGCCCUAACUGGAGGGUUCCUCUCCGCGCAUCCCCCAGAGGCCGCAGCCAUGCCCACAGUCCGUCAGUAGCAGAGCCCAGUCUGGCUCAUGGAGAGGCGAGUGGAGUCACAAUGCAGGGGCCGCUGAAGAGGAAAACCCUGCUGAAGGAGGGCAGGAAACCUAAGCUCGCCUCGUGGACGCGGUUUUGGCUCACACUUUCUGGUUCCACUCUCAUAUUCUACGGAUCCAAAGCCCUGCGAGCCACAGAACGGAAACAUUACAAGUCUUCGCCGUGUAAGAAAGUGUGUGUUCUGGGCUGGAUGGUGGUGCUGCCGGAUGAUCCGGCUCAACCCAACAUCUUUCAGCUCAACCAUCCUGACAAAGGCAAUGUUUACAAGUUUCAGACUAGCGAUCGGUUCACUGCGAUCAUGUGGCACAAACACCUGGAGGAGGCCUGUCGGAGAAGAAGACCUCAGAUACCAGCGAAUCUCAUGUCGUUUGAGUAAACAGACUUGUGUAACUCUUGCCUGAAGACAUUUAUAAGGCCUACAGAGAUCGAGAAGAACGUGUUUGGUUCAGCAAAAGGAUGAAAAAAGAGCCAAAACCCUUCAAUACUGAAGAGUCCACUGAGCCAAAGGACUCGCUGUGAUCCACUGGCCCUCCGUGAGCCUCACGGACACAUCUAACAUCAGGAUGUCUGUUACAGAGCCGGACGUGGAGGUUUGAAC